GCCAGUUCGGUUGCUUCAGUGUACCAGUAAUCCUGGCCACGCCAGCUGCGAUGUCUGUUCCUGAAAACAUGGUAGGUACCCUAUGCUGCUUAUAUUGUUGUUCAACUUUGUAUAGUAUGGAAUGGCGUUUCUAGAGGGAGUCAGAUAUAAAAGCUCAACUAGCUAUCAUUGUGAAAGACCUGUGUAGUUUAAACCCAGGCCUGCUACAAACUAGAUUCAGACUAAUUUAAAUUCCACUUUCAAAGGGUCUACUUUAAGCAUGAAAAUCUUUGGGUCCAGUUCAUAGAGAGAAGGGGCUGGAAGGGAAGAAUGGAAAACUCUUCUCCAACUGUUUGUCAUCCAAGAUAAUGGAAAGAUUUGAUAGGCUGUUUUUAUUUAUGUAGUGCAUUUAUCUUCUGCUCUUCUUCCAAGGAUCUCCAAGUGACAAACAUGUUCUUCCCCCUGCCAUUUACUUUCACACAAAAACUGUGAGGUAAAGCUUAGACUGAGAGAUACCUACUGGCCCAAUAUUGCCUAGGGAGCUAAGUGGGGAUUUGAACAUGAGUCCAGAUCAACACUCCAACCUCUGCAACAAAAGUGGGGAACCUCUAUCCUGUGGGUCAGAUUUGGUAAGGUAGAACUCUCCAUUUUAACUGCAAGGCUGUAUUCUCCAAACCACACCCACCUACCCCACAUCUGACAUAAUAUGUGGUGUUGGGUGUAGGGGUAGAUGCCACGCCCGGGGCUGGAAAGAAGUCCCUAUGCAUCAGUUCCUUGCUUCACCCACUUGUCCGUCACCUGGCAUCAUUAUGGAGAGAUCAAGAUUUGGCCUGCCAGGCCAAAACUGUUGCCCAAUCCUGCACUACACCACAUUAGCUCUUGUUUCAGCUACUGAUGAGGAUAAACAAAGGGCCCAUUACAGCCCCUGUAGCUAAUGCUAAGCUUUCCCUUGUGCUCAUUACUGCAGAGGACCUCAGCAUCGGAGGAAGACAAAGAAGAAAAAAUCCACACACUUGAAGCAAGACCCAAAAAUGUCACAGCAAAUGAUUUCUAG